AUGGGGAGGAAUUUCUCUUCAUGGACGAACGGAGUUAAUGAUAGUCGGAUGACGACCGAUCGAUAUAUAACAGACAUCCUAGAAUCCCAUGUGGUUCCAUACGGGCCUUUUAUUGGUGAGAAUUUCGUGCUAAUGCAUGACAACGUCAGACCGCACACUGCCAGGAUAGUGCAAGAAUAUCUUGAGGAAGUAAAUAUUGUGUGGGAUCACCUGGCUAGGGGAGUCCAGCAGCGUCAAGCUCCGUUCAGAGCCCUUAAUGAAACAAUCCAACAUGAAAUAACCAUAACUUGGAACAACAUGGAGCAAGAAUAUAUACGUAGAUUGUUUGAAAGUCUACCAAGACGAAUGCUGGCUGUAAUAAGAGCAAGAGAGGGAAAUACAAGAUACUGA